CCUCCCCAAGAUGCAGUGCUGAGCCCCUCAGAUCCCCGCCAUGGCAGCCCGGCUGGUGCAGCGCUGCUGCUGGCGGCACCUCAUCACCUUCACCUGCGCUCCUGCUGCUGCCCCGGCCACUCUGCUGCUGCCCAAUGGGAAGCUGCCAGCAGCCAGAGCCCUGCCACACACGCCUCUUGCCUCCAUCCACACCUCCGUCCCCUCCGCCUGGAACGCAGACAGAUUCUCUGUCAAAGAGCAGGUGGAAGAAAACAGUAACUCAGAGCACAGAGCAAUCCUGAAUCUCAUUGAGGCAGCCACAAGUCCUCAGGAACUCUUCCAGCUAGCUGAACUUCACUCUCUAAAUAGCAACCAAGCUUCGCUGGUGGUUACUCGACUUUCUCGGCUUGCAGUGGAAAAGAACCUGGAAACAGGGGACAUUCUGCAAGAUGAACGAUUUCAGCAGCUUACUGAGAUCGUGGAUUCUCAGAUAUCUCAGGUGUGGAAUAACACCUUGGUGGGCCUCCUGAAGAGCCUGUAUUCGCUGGGGAUGGGGAGCAGCAGCAGGGAGAUGCAGUCUGUGGAGCACGAGGUGCUGUGGCGGUUGCGGCGGCUCACCUUCCGUCAGCUCGCCUCCUUGGCAGAGUUCUUGGCUGUCAAGCAGGGCAAGGAGAGCAAACUGCUCAACGAGGUCAUCAAGAAGCUGGAGCUGCGGUGGACAGAACUAGAGGGCACCAGAACCGUGGUGAUGCUGAUUGCCAAGGUUGGGCACAUCUCCUCAGUGCUGAUGGACCGUUUAGAGGACAAGGCUCUGGAGCUUGCUGAGCAGUUCAGCCCUGAGGACAUAAGGAAAAUCACACUGGCUCUGGCGUACCAGAACCGGCGCAGCGUGCCUCUGCUCCGUGCCAUGUCGUACCACCUGAUUCAGAAGCACUCAGAGCUCAACCUCAGCAUCCUGAUGGACCUGAUUUUCGCCUAUGGAAAACUGAAUUUCCACCAGCCCCAGGUCUUCCAGAAGAUAGCCACUGACCUGCAGCCCCACGUUUCUGCAAUGACACCCGUCGAGGUGACGCGCUGCAUCCGCUCCUUCGCCCUCCUCAAGUGGCUCAGCCUGCCCCUGUUUGAGGCCAUCUCUCAGUAUGCCCUGGACAAUGCCAAGCAGCUGUCCAUUGCCCACCUGUGCAGUAUCAUCCUGUCUUUUGCCCGCCUUAACUUCCAGCCCAGCGGAAGCGAGGACUUCUUUAACAUGGCCCAUGAGGAGCUGCAGGGCCAGCUGGACAGCCUGGAGCCCCAGCUGCUGACCGACCUGGUCUGGUCACUCUGUGUGCUGCAGCAAGCCAAGCCUCCCUACCUGCAGCAUGUGCUGGCACCCAACUUCCUCGCUGCGAUCCAAGGCGAUCUGUCCCCCAGGGCUCAGAACUUGCGGAUGAAGCUCAUCCAAAUCAAUGCUGCUGCCAAGCUGGAGAGCCCUGAGUACCAGGGGCCGUUCCUGCCGGCUGGGAUGCUGAGUGCUGCAGAGCCAGCAGCAGAGAAGGUCACCCUGCUGCAGAGCAGCUUGCGGGAGGCCCUGGCAGGCGUGCUGGGCAGCCAGGACAACGGGCGCUGGGAUGUGCACACCAUCUACGGCUGGCAGAUCGAUGCUGAAGUGGUACUGAACAGCGAAAAUAAACCUCUCCCCUUGAAGGACUUUGCUGCUCCCCAUCUGCCCCACUCAGAAGGGACAAAGCCGCUGCCGCCGGGUGCCAGGAGGGUCGCCUUCCUCAGGUGGGAAUUCCCAAAUUUCAGCAACAGGAGCAAGGAGCUGCUGGGCCGUUGUGCCAUGGCUCGGCGUCACAUCCAGGCAGCCGGCUUCCUUGUUGUGGAUGUCCCCCACUAUGAGUUCCUGGAGCUGAAGCUGGAGCGGCAGCGGGCAGCGUACCUCCGUGACAAACUCCACAAGGUGGUGGCCAAGGAGCUGGCCAGUUAGUGCCAAGCUGUGUUUCAAUAAAGCCACCCUCUGCUGUACCGUG